GAUGACACGAACAAAAUACCAGGACACAUGGAGGGCAGCCACAGGCUCACCACCCCCCAGCCAGCUCUACGUUUUUUGCCGCCCCAAGCAAAAAAAAAAAAAAAAAAAAAAAAGCCGGAGAGCUGCCGAAGCAGAAUAUCAGGACCAAUGGCGUCCGGGACGCCCGGGCACCCGGUCGGGACGGGUUCAUCGGUCGGGACGCCCGAGCACCCGAGCUGGUGUGCAACUGGGAGAACGCGGUGACGUCGACAGCGGCUACGGCACGGGGAGCUCGACAGCAAACCAGCCGCCGCGCAGGGGGCAGCGCCUGCGCAGACGCGAUCGGCUGUGGCGGGAGUCUUUCUCUCCCCUCCUCCCCCCAAUCGCGGAAGGCGGAACUCGGAGCGCGCGGACGCAGGCGUAGGGGGACCCCUUUCGUGGACGCUCCGGGGCCGCUGGGCUGUUGCUAAGAGCCGGGGGCGCCGGAAGGGGUGGGGCUGCUUCCGCUGCGCUCCGGGAGGAACGCGUGCUUCUGUGGGUGAGGGUGCCGGCGCCGCCGGCCCAGCCUGGGGGAUGUCGCGUGCGGACAGCGCGGUGCGGGGGGCCCCCGGCGGGGGCAGCGCGCUCUUCUCGGGCUUCCGCGCUCUCGGCCUUUACUCCAACCACCUGCCCCACGUGCUGCGCUACCACCAGCGCCACCGCGAGUUCUACCUGCUCACCGCCGCGGGGAGGAGCUUCCACACCUACAACGUAAAGAAACUUGGUAUAGUUGCUGUUAGUAAUGCUUUAUUACAAGACAUUACUUGUUUGGCAGCAGACAGAAUGUUGGUCUUCGCUUCAUAUGGCAAUCUUCUCCAUGCUUUUGCCCGGAACAAAGAGGUGGUUCAUAUAUAUGAUGGUCACAAAGGAGAAAUUCGCCUUUUGCAGCCGUUUGGUGAUCAUGUAAUCUCUGUGGAUAUUGAUAAUGUUCUUAUUGUUUGGGAUGUACAAUCAGAAGAAGAAUACCUACAACUGACUUUUGAUAAGGCUGUUUUUGCAGUUUCUGCCAUUAUGCAUCCAAGUACCUACUUAAAUAAAAUUCUCCUUGGCAGUGAACAAGGAAGCCUGCAGUUAUGGAAUGUAAAAUCCAACAAACUUUUAUACUCAUUUCCAGGAUGGGCUUUAGGGGGUGUGACAACCCUUGAACAGGCACCAGCAGUAGAUGUAGUUGCAAUAGGUCUCGUGUCUGGUCAUAUCAUUGUGCACAACAUUAAGUUUGAUGAAACACUGAUGAAAUUUCAGCAAGACUGGGGUCCUAUCACAGCAAUAUCUUUCCGUACAGAUGGUCAUCCAGUCAUGGCAGCUGGAAGUCCUAUUGGACACAUUGCACUCUGGGAUCUGGAAGAGAAGAAACUAAUUAGUCAAAUGCGAAAUGCCCAUUCCACAGCAAUAGCUGGUAUGUCAUUUGUCCAGGGAGAGCCACUUCUUGUUACUAAUGGUGCUGAUAAUGCUAUAAAGAUAUGGAUUUUCGAUGGCCCUGGAGGUGGUGGUCGUUUGUUGAGGUGCCGUAUGGGACAUAGUGCUCCUCCAACAAAAAUCAAAUACCAUGGGCAAAAUGGACAACAAAUUCUUAGUGCAGGUCAGGAUGGAACCUUGCAGUCUUUUUCCACAGUGCAUGAAAGGUUCAAUAAAAGUUUAGGACGUGGUUCCAUAAACAAAAAGAAAUCAAAAAGGAAAGGUCUUCAGUAUGAUACAAUGGCCCUUCCACCUAUUACUGCAUUUGCAACAGAGAUAGCACGUCAGAAUGACUGGGAUGGGAUCAUUGCUUGCCAUCAAGGUUAUAUAACUUGUACAACCUGGAAUUAUCAGAAAACUUCCAUGGGAGCCCAUAAACUGAAACCAAAAGCAUUCAGCAAAAACAAGCCUCUUGAUGUAUAUGCAACAGUAGUUGACAUUACUUCAUGUGGAAACUUUGCUGUAAUUGGGCUUUCAACAGGACAUGUAGAUGUAUACAACAUGCAAUCUGGCAUUCAUAGAGGACAUUAUGGAAAAGAAAAAGCACAUGAAGGUGCCAUUAGAGGGGUAGUAGUGGAUGGAUUAAACCAGUUGACAAUCACAGCUGGAAGUGAAGGAUUAAUUAAAUUCUGGAAGUUCAAGACCAUGGACCUAGUUUACUCUGCUAAUCUCUCUUCUUCUCCAAGUGCAAUGCUGCUUCACAGAGACAGUGGCAUUCUGGGAAUUGCCUCAGAUGACUUUGGCAUUAGCGUUUUGGAUAUAGAAACAAGAAGGAUCGUCAGGAAGUUCUCAGGACAUCACAGCCAGAUUAAUGACAUGACAUUCAGUCCCGAUGGCCGUUGGCUAAUAACUGCAUCAAUGGAUUGCACCAUUAAGACUUGGGACCUCCCAUCUGGAUGCCUCAUAGACUGUUUUUUGUUAGACUCGGCAGCUAUCAGCAUUUCUAUGUCUCCUACUGGAGACUUUCUAGCUUCAUCACAUGUAGAUGAUCUUGGAAUUUAUCUAUGGUCUAACCGUUCCUUGUAUUCGCUUGUUUCUUUACGGCCACUUUCAGCAAAUUAUGAGCCUUCUGUAAUAAUGCUUCCUGGAACUUGCCCUGCACAAGAUGUGGACAUCACAGGAGAUGAAGAAACAAGCAAUGAAAUGAUUGACUAUAAUUCACCAGCGCAGUUGGAAGAGCAGCUAGUGACCUUGUCAUCACUGUCUGAAUCAAGAUGGAAAAACCUCCUCAAUCUUGAUGUUAUCAAGAAAAAGAAUAAACCAAGAGAGCCACCAAAAGUUUCCAAAUCAGCUCCAUUCUUCAUCCCAACAGUUCCUGGUCUCAUACCACGAUAUGCUGCUGCUAAGCAAGAAAAUGAUGGACAGCAGUCAAAGGUAGUAAACCUCGGAGUAUUGGCACAAAAAUCUGAUUUCUACGUUCAACUUGAAGAAGCUUUGAGCAGUAAUGAGUAUAAGUCUCCACUUAGUAUUCUAAAGGAAAUGGGACCAUCUAGUAUUGAGACAGAGCUAAGAGACUUGGCUCCAGAUGCUGGUGGCUCUGUAGAGGUGAUGAAAAGCUUUUUGAGACUGAUUGGGACAAUGUUGAACACAAAGUGUGACUUUGAGUUGGCCCAGGCAUAUCUUGCACUGUUUUUAAAGUUGCACCUUAAAAUCCUUUCUUCAGAGCCAGUCUUGCUGGAAGAAAUAACCCAAGUGUCAACCCAACUAGAGGAAACCUGGAUCCAUGUACAGACUCUCUUCAAUCAAAGUCUUUGUGUGUUAAAUUAUAUGAAAAGUGCUUUGUUAUAAUGUGCCUUUGUUCCUAUUUAAGAAUGCUAAUGUUGGAUAAAAAUCCCCUCCGCUUGAUGGUACUUUUUACAUUGCAGAUAAGUUUCUGAUUCCAACAAUACAGCUUUUAUAUGUCUUAGUUAAAUAAUACAGAAUUCAAUAUUUAACUUUUAUUUCUCAUUUAAAUUCAGUGUCAAAAAUUGAACUUACAGAUUUUAAAAAUGUAACGUGCCCCAUUAAAUGACUACUGGAGGCAAUGUAAAUUAUUUUUAGAGAUGAAUAAACAUUAAGGACAAAUAUAGCGUAGCAAAGCUAUAGUAUCAUGUCCAAAAACAUAUAAUGGGGCAGCAAAUUAUGAGAGAGAAAGCAAUAAACCUGCCAGUCUGUGUAUAGAAAAUACUUUGUGUUAGACUUUGCUGUAGCUUAAAAAAAGCCAUUACUUUAACAAAUGUUAACUGUGAACUAAAAUAGUGAUACAGAAACUGCACAUCUCCUUGAAGCCAAAUUGUCAUUGUCAUGACUAAGUGCUUGCUAGAGCCAAUUUGAAGAAACUAGUUUGUUUUCACACUCUUGUAAAUUGUGUUCUUUUUAUUCAAUCCUUUUUACUCAAGCAAAGAUUGCCAGCUGUAACAUCAAAGAUAGAAUGUAAAAAAAAUUUCAUUUGCAUGUUUGAAAUUUUAUGAGACUCCAUUAGUGAUAAUGGGGAAUAAAAUCGUUCAGAUUGAUGUUCAUUGUUAGCAGCACUGAAUGUUAACUAUGCAAAUGAAUAUUACCCUCAGUAAAAAAGGUAUCUUGGUUUUUCUUUCAAAGAGAAUCUUGAAUUUUAAAAGGAUCUCUUUCAAGUGCUGCUGGUUCAGAAUAUUUCUAGAAGCCCAAGAAUGCUUUUCUUUUGGACAAGUUAGUUAGUUCAUUCUGUUUCAUGCACUACAGAUAGAAGCAUUGUCUCACUGAGUAGCUGGUGUGUAUAUGUAGUUUAGAAAAACUUCUGAUUAGAAGGGGCUGGUACCCACCUAGGGCUAUGAUUUUGUCAUGGAGGUCUCAAACUGUGAAUUUGAAUAAAGUCCAUGAAACAGAGUGGUGUUGUGACCUGCGCACGAGGGUGCAGCGCCACUCAGGUUUGGCCCGUCCAUCCCUCUAUCUCCAUCUGUGGAGGAACAGAUGAGCCAAACCUGCGUGGCGUUGCGAUCCCAGUCACCAGGUUGCAAUGCCCAAAGGAGGGAGCUGGGACCAGCCCUGCAGAACAGGAGCCAGUGCUUUGGGGCGAGUGUGAGUUCACUCUCCAACACCCCUCCAGUCCCAGGCCUCACCUUUCAGCGCCCCCUGGCCUUGCCAUAAAUUUUUUUCCCACAUCUCUGCUGUGAAAUUUAUGCAAAAUUUCUGUGCCAAAAUUCUAACCUUACAUGUAUACCAUAUGACACCGUAAGUAUGAAACAGAAGUAAACUGAUUAAUUGCCAUAUAUGCAUAACUUUUUUCAUUCCACUAUAACCACAAACCUCAGUUUCAUUGUUUUCUUUUUAAGUAAUCUGUUCUAGAGCAGCUCGUGCUUAUUUAUCAAAGUGUGCUAUGUUACCUGAUGCAAGCUCUGCAUUAAACUUUCGGGGGGGGGGGGGUUGCAAAAAUGAGUCGAAAAAAACAAAUGUAAAUAUUUUACAAAAUUCAGCUGAUAUUUUUCUCCUCUGUGUUCUGAAAUGCUGCCAAAUGUCAAAGCAUCCCUUCCUUCAGCCGGGAGAGGGUGUAGUGUUCAUACUUCAGAAGGUAUAACUUCUACAAAAUAAAUUGGCUGUCAGGAGAUAUUUGAAGAAAUACGGCUGCUCUUAUUUGGGAUUUUUAAAAAAAGAAUUGACCUCUGCACUGGUAUCUGGGUGAAUUUCACUUAAAAAUGUACAAGUGUACCACAAAUAUUUCUAUAUGUAACAGUAAUUUCCAACUUUUACUAAAAACCCAUGGUGAACAGAUGCUUUUUAUGGGCCACAACCAGAUUUUGGUAUUUCCUGUGCAACAGGUAAUGAACUCUGAAUGUGAAAAGCAGCACAGAAGCUGAAUUCUGUGCACUGCAUUGUGUUCUGCCAAGCUGUUAAAGAAACAUAAAAUCUUGCCUGAGAGAGAAACUGAUUUUUUUCAAGUAUUCUUUCACAUUUCCUAUUUAUAAUUGAAAUCUGGCCAUAUAUUCUGAUACAGACAUGGGGUCUUGGUAUAAGUAAUCCUGCAAGAUGUGGAGUACUUCCUGAAAUGCGAUGAAUGUCCUCAGCUCACUUUUAUUGUUAUUGGCAAAUAGGAGGUCAGCAAGUUGCAAGAUCAACCCCAGUUUUUAGUUAUGCUAGUUGUGUUUUAUCUCAAAAUAUGUGUUUGGUUACUUAGAAAUGUCUAGAAAUAGUUGAUAGGAUUAUACAGCAGGAAUUUAAACUCUACUUCAAAAAAGAUUAAGUAGAAUUGCAAUGGAACUCCAUAGUUAGGCUUUUGCAUACUUAACUGAAUUGUGUUAAAUCACUCAACUGAUAUCUCAGCCUAGUAAUGUUGCAGCAGUGUAAGAUGAUAUGUCCAAUAACUAAUAGUAGAGCAAAAAUAGCUAACUCUGAAGUAUUGAAAGAAAUGUAAAUUAGAAACCAAAGGCCUUUCUUAUUACUCAUCGUGGGGAGACUUAAUUGUGGACACAUUUGUGGGCUAGGUAUAGAAACAUUAGUAUGUGCAAUCCAUCUCUACCUGAAUUUGAUUGAAACAAUUAAUCCUUAAAUAGCAAUGAAGAGAAGUAUGCUUGGCCCAAUUGCUCCUCAUUCAGUCUCCGUCCCCUUCCUGAUUAGUAUUUCAACUCUAUGAACUGCUGAUCUUCCGUUUCUUUUUGGAAAGAGACCUGCCAUCCUACAACAACCCUGGAAGUACCUUAUUCCUCCUGCAUAAUCACUUCCAUGAUUCCUUUAUGUGGGUAGGGUUUCAGACUGGUUGCUAUUCCAUCUCCCUGGAGAAAGACAACCUGGUCUGCCUUGGAAGCCAUUAAAAUGACUGUUGCCGGGGGCAAUCCACUUGAAAGAGCUUUGUCUCUAAAGGUUAAUGAGAAGAAAUAAAUCUUUUUAAAACGGAAAAAAUGGCAGAAAAGGUUUAAAAUAUUUUCUUUCUUGCUGCCAAAAGUACCAGUACAUCUAACUAUAAUAUUACCACUUCCACCUUUUUAAUUGAAUUGGCUUGUUAGCACUGACCCCCCCCCCCCCCAUACACACACACUUGGUAAGGCAACUGCCAUCUUUUCAUGUGCUACAAUAUAUAUUCUGUUUAGUGUAUUUUUCCCUUAGUGCAACUGAUGAAGUGGGUUUUAGCCCACAAAAGCUUAUGCCCAAAUAAAUUGGUUAGUCUCUAAGAUGCCACAAGGAUUCCUCAUUGUUUUUGCUUAUGCAGACGAACAUGGCUGCUACUCUGAAACCUUUAAUAUUACAGUGUGCAACUGAAUGUGUCAGUGGAACAUCAUUAGAACAAUGGCAAUACAGCUGCUGAAAUAGAUGUACAACAGUGAACCUGUAUUUUACUUAGACAUACUUAAAAAACAAAAGUGAGGGAGCGGAUGAUGGCUCAAAACAGCAGCAGCAAAAGGAAUGGGAUAUUUUCAUGUCUUUGUUGGUAAUCUAAAUUACCUGGGCCUGCAGUUGCACCUGCCCAGUUGUCAGGCAGCCAACAAGUGCAUCUGAGCCACAGCAGAACCAGCUGAUUGGCUAAGGUGGUCAUGUGGCUUACUCUUAAACCCAGCAGCUGCAGAGGAUCAGUGACAGCUCAAUGCACAUGCCCAUGGAUUCUCUGCCUCCCUGUCUUUUGUUUUUGCUUCAAGCCAUGUUCCUGUGCUGCUCCAGCCUGGACUCUGCCCUGUGCCCAGCCUUGUUCUAGCCUUGCUCCUGUCUUGGAACUAGCCCGACUUUUGCCUUCUCUGACUUCAGGUAGUCCAACUUCUGACCCUUGGCUGAUUCCUGGCUCUAACUCUCGACCCUUGGCUCUUGCAUUUGGGACUCUGACUUUCGGCUCCAAUCCAUGAUUGACUGUGCUUUGCUUUGACCUUGGGCUUUAGCAUUUGGAUGCUAAAUUCAUUUAAACAAAGUAUAUUUCACCAAAAAGCCAUAAAAGUCAGCCUUCUUCCAAUCUGCCUUUUGGGUGUUUGGGGUUUUUAAGUGAUGCUCACUAAAGCAUUUGUUUGAGGCAGUGCUUGCUUGCUUCUACAGGUUGUGCCUACUUUGGUUGAUUCAUGUAGUUAUUAACACAAUUUUUCAGGCUGGAUGGAAAGAGUGAAUAUUGUGUGAGGGUCUGGUCCUGGAAAAGAACUGAUGUGAUUGGUCAGGAUCUAGUGUACUCUACGGUUCCAUAACUGUGGAGUUUGCUUCAAAAUACACCUGGAUGGAAAAUUACACUUCAGAAUCUAAGUGCUUAUUUGAAAAAAAAAAAAAAAAAAAAAGUCUCUAGCCUCCUGAGUAUGAAGGCAACCUAAAAAUGUGAAAUAGAUGUGAUAGUGUCAUCUUCGUGAUUCUUCUUACAGCCUCAAAUGAGUUCAGAGUUGUGCACUGCCCCAUUCACACUCUGGAAUUUUCACACUGAAAUCUAAGGAAGUCAGUCUAAAAGUCAGUACUGUCUCUUUCAUUGUUGAUCAAUUUAGCACAAACAUCCAGCUAAUAUACUUGUCCCAAGCUUCCCCAUAUCAUCAUCAGUUGUGGCAUCUUUCACAGUGUAACAGCUUCCAUCCUGAGAAUUUCUGUGCAGUCGAUUUGAGUUGUCAAUUCAUUUACUUUUUUCAAAAUUCAUAAGGAGACAUAAGACAUUAAUAUUAAAACAUCAGGCCACUGACCUGAUUAUAGUGCAUAUUUUAAUAUUUAAUUCAUUAGGAAAAAACUGCUUUUAAAGUUGUGCAACAGCUGCAUUAAAAUCUUAGUCUCCUGUGCCACAGUACUAUAGAAGCCAGAGUCUUUGCUCCAGAAUUUAGAUCCAGCUUGCUGUGGAGUUCAGGAGUCAUUGCAGCUACGUAUGUACCUCGGGUCUGGUGUACGCUUUAAAAUUAGAUUGACUGACCUAUCUACUGAGUAGUUAGGUUGAACUAGCUCUUGGUGUAGACAGAGGUAGGUCCACACAAGAGUUACCUCCAGAGAAGUAAAUAAACUACAUCAACAUAAAAAACACCUUUUGUUGAUGUAGGAAUUGUUUCUGCUACAGCUCCACUGCCACAGCAGCUGUAGUAUCGGCGUGGCAUUUGUCACCUGUGUGAAGGGGUGUUUCCUGUGAAACAUCUUGUGCAUGCCCAAAAUAAUGCUUGAUUAUUUAUUUUGAUUUUUCAGGGUUGUGAUUUGGCUAAAACCCUUUAGUUGUGUAAAUUAAAUAAUCUGAUUCUCAUCACUCUUCUGCUUCCACCUUAUUAAUCACCUCUACCUUUCCUUUUCCCUGUUGUCAACACCUCAGUUUAUGUCCUCUUGUUUAGUUUUUAAGAUAGGGGUUGCAGUGGACCUGGGUCAUUAUAAAUUGCUACUACUUUCGAUGUUCCUUGACACAUGCUUUUCAAUAUGGUGCUAAAUGGGAGUGAACAGGUUUCUCUUGAGAGAUUAAACAAGAGCCUCUGCUGACUUGAAAUGAAUUGAUACUUAUGAAUGAGUCAUAAAACACAACAGAGAAUUUUGGAGAAAAAUCAGCACGGCAUUUGGCUCAUCAUUUUCUAAGUGGGAUAGCAAAUUAUAAUAAUCAGAUGUGAUCACUGGUUGCUACAUAUUUUCCUAAGAGUGCCAGCAAACCACUCUUUGAAUAGUAUUGUCAUGAUUAGGCGUGAUGGACCAAAUUUACCACACUUGAGCCAUUGUUUUUAAGUGAAAAAUCUGAGAAACUGUCCCAGAUUGAAGUCUCAAUAGAGGAGAUAAAUUGAUAAAUCAAACAGUAAUAAGUCACCAGGUCUCAAAUAUGAAAUUGCAGAACUAAUAACUCUGGUAUGUAACCCAUCACUUAAAUUAGCUAUCCUCCAGUCAUCUGGUGUAGAAACUAAUGUGACACCAAUUUUUUUUAAAAGGUUGCAGAGGUAAUCCUGGCACUUAAAGGUCAGUAAGCAAUAACACGCAAAUUGAUUAAAAACUAUAGUGAAGAACAAAAUUAUCAGACAUACAGAUUAACACAACUUGUUGAGGGAAGAGUCAAUAUGGCUUUUCUAAAGGGAAAUCACUCCAAUCUAUUAGAGUUAUUUGAAGGGGUCAACGAACGUGGACAAGAGUGAUCCAGUGGAUAUAAUGUACUUAGACUUUCAGAAAGCCUUUGACAAGGUCCAUCACCAAAGUAAGCAGUCAUGGGAUAAGAGGGAAGGUCCUCUUGUGGAUCAGUAACUGGUUAAGUCAGGAAAGGGGGUAGAAAUAAAUGGUCAUUUUUCAGAAUGGAGAGAGGUAAAUAGUGGUAGGGAUCUGUGCUGGGACCAGUGCUGUUCAACUUUUUCAUAAAUGAUUUGGAAAGGGGGGGGGGGGAUAAACAGUGAGGUAGCAAAAUUUGCAGAUGAUACAAAACUAUCUUGAGUAAUUAAGUCCAAAGCAGACUUGUGCAGAGGUACCAAGGAUCUCACAAAACUGCGUAACUGGGCAACAAAGUGGCACAUGAAAUGCAAUGAUAAAUGCAAAGCACUACACAUUGGAAAAAUCCCAACUAUACGUACAAAAUGAUGGGAUCUAAAUUAGCUGUUACCAUUCAAGAAAGAGCUUGGGGAGUUCUCUGAAACCACCUGCUUAAUGUGCAGGAGGAGUCAAAAAAGCUAACAAUGUUAGAAAAGUAUUAGGAAAGGGAGAGAGAAGUCAGAAAUUAUAAUACCCCUACACAAAUUCAUGGCAUGCCCAAACCCUGAAUACUGCACGCAGUUCUGCUUGCCUCAUUUAAAAAAAAGAUACCCUUCUCUGUGCCUUUUCCAAUUCUAAUGUGUAAAAAAUGAUUAAGGGUAUGUAACAGCUUCCACAUGAGGAGAAAUUAAUAAAUCUGGGGCUUUUCAUCUUGGGGGAAAAAAGAUCACUAAGAGGAUUUGAUAGAGGUCUAUAAAAUCAUGAAUGGUGUGGAGAAAGUGAAUAAUGAAGUUUUAUUUAUGCCUUCAUAUAACACAAGAACUAGGGGUCACCCAACAAAUUUAAUAGGGAGCAGGUUUAAAACAAACGUAAGGAAGUACUUCUUCACAUAACAUACAGUCAGCCUGUGGAACUCAUUGCCAUGGGAUGUUGGAAAGGCCAAAACUAUAGCGGGGUUCUAAAAUGAAUUAGAUAAGUUCAUGGAGGAUAGGUCCAUCAAUGGCUAUUAGCCAAGAUGGUCAGGGAUGCAAUCCCAUGCUCAGGGUGUCCCUAGCAUUUGAUUGCCAGAUGCUGGCAGUGGAUGACAGGGUAUGGGUCUUUUGACGAUGGCCUGUUCUGUUGAUUCCCUCUGAAGCACCUGGCAUUGGCCUCUAGCUGGAACAUUGGUCUGAUCCAGUAUGGCUGCUCUUAUGUUCUUAAUUGGUACACUUGUUGGUAGUUACAAAAAAUGGAAAGGAUAGAACAUGCAUGGAGACUGAAUUGCCCUCUCAACUUUAGGUAAGUGAUGAGGUCACAGGAAUAAGCUUGCAUGACCAAUGCCCAUGCAGUGCCUGCUUUGUGGAUAAAUGACUUCACUCUGUUGUGCUUUCUAUUCAAGCACCUUUUGCAGCACUAAAUUUACCCAAUUU